CGCUGAUGGAACGGAAGUAGCCGACUAGAAUGUGGAGGGCAGGCAUGUCUGAGGAGAUAGGGAGAGCUUUGCAGUCUGUGCGAGAAAGGGUGCGACAUGCUGCAGCCAGGCGAUCGCAGGCUCUGCCAUCUAUUCAGCCCAGGCUGGUGGCCGUCAGUAAAACAAAGCCGGCAGAUAUGGUGAUCGAGGCUUACCAACACGGACAGAGAUAUUUCGGGGAGAACUAUGUCCAGGAACUUAGUGAAAAGGCUUUAGACACAAAUAUUUUGUCAUCUUGUCCAGAGAUCAAGUGGCAUUUCAUUGGACAUCUCCAGAAGACGCACAUUAAUAAGCUGGUUGCUGUCCCAAACCUUCACAUGUUGGAAACCAUAGACUCUGCGAAACUGGCUGACAAAGUAAACAGCUCCUGGCAAAAGAAAGGCUCGUCCGAGAAGUUAAAGAUCAUGGUGCAGGUCAAAACGAGUGAUGAGGACAGUAAACAUGGCCUUGCUGCAGGUGAUACUGUGCAACUAGUGAAACAUAUCGUGGAGAAGUGCCCAUGCCUGGAGUUUGUGGGAUUGAUGACGAUCGGAAGUUUUGGUUAUGAUGUCACACAAGGUCCAAACCCAGAUUUUCAGUUAUUGCUGGCUGAACGGCAGACGGUGUGUGAAAAACUGGGACUCCAGUUGGACAAAGUGGAGCUCAGCAUGGGGAUGUCUAAUGACUUUGAGCAUGCGAUCGAGGUUGGCUCGACGAAUGUCCGUGUCGGCAGUACCAUUUUCGGUGAACGCGUUUACUCCAAGGCGCAGAAAGGGGAGCCGAGUGUAGCUGCUACUCAGGACAAACUAGGGGACCUCUCUGUUCAAGAGAAGUGAAUGUUCAACCAGACCACAUAGACUUGAAAGAUCAUGGGGACACUAGAUGUUGUAUCUUGGUAAUUAAGAUAUUGUGUUCCUGCUCUAGAUAACAUAUGGAUAUUUUUAUUUUAGUAACAUAAUCUACAAACCAUUUUAGCCCCAUAGGUAGUCCCUAAAUAGUGCCGGAAUAAU